UCACGAAUGAGCAUCUAAAAUCAACAAACUGUUCUCGAUAUUAUUUGGAAUAGUUUUCCAAACUCUCCCAGGACACUUCAAGAGCCCCACAGAUUCUCACAAAUAACCAUGAAGAUCCCCUCGCCCUCGAGUUUCACGUUGCAAGGAGGGGACUCGUCCUUCGAAAAUCGUCAGAAGGCUUUAUUCAACGAAUUAUCGCAAGCAGAGAGAGCCUGCAAUGUAGUCCAACCAGUCUCAGACUAUCCAGACUUGGCAGUUGGACAAUUUCGAAGGCCCCCACCCCCAGGAAAACGUCGAAGGACUGAGACGAGACAAUUCAAGGGUCAAGAGAGCAUUUUCAAGAGACCAGACCUGCCUUCACCCUUUGCAGACAGAAAUAUCCCGGAUUAUCUUCGAAACCCUCACAAAUGGGCAAAAUACAGUCUUGCUGAUGUGUCGAAUGAGGACAUGUCAGACAGGAGUAAUACUCAGGCUGCACUCUCGUUUCUGAAUGGGUUGAGAGCGAGGAGGCUCAAGGAACAGGCGACCAAGGACAACGAGGACAUGGAGGUGGAUGGGGAACAGCAUGGGAAUGCCUCCGACAGUCCUUCGACGUCGAGGGUCUCCUUCAGGACACCCUGGGCCAAGACGAUGCAGAGGGAAACUCUUGCUGUUGAGGAUAAGGAGGAGAAACCGGUGUUCAAGGGGAGCAAAAUCGUUCUGCCUGAGUAUGUCGUCGGGCAGAAGGUGGUCAAGAAGGGGAAGAAGGAGAAGAGUGUGGAGAAGGUCGACAGGAGUAAACAGCUGAAGCUCCAGCAUUUGGAGGAGCAGGAUGCAGAAGAUGAAUAAAUUUUUCUUGUUAUUAAGUUUUAGUGGGAAGAGAGAGGGGUAGGAUAAGCUACUCAGUAGUUCUCAAAUGAGAAUUGUUACUUUGAAUUUUCACUAACUGUUGUGAUUCUUAACUAAUGAAUGGCGAUUUUUUUUCGAUCAUUUUUUUUUUU